CUGCCAAUCUCAGCCAGAGAAUCUAUUUAGUAGGUUGAGAAGAACGAUCAAGUACAUCUCUGUUCAGAUUAACGCAUCGUUGUUGGUUAAAAAAAAAAAAAAAAGUGAUAAAUCCGGCUGGAUAAAUUUCCCUUUCUUAUGUUAUUUUGUCAUAUUCUGACCGAGAGGUUUUUGAGGGUUUUGUAUUCACCACAGCGGACCGUUUUUCGGAAUCAUGUCUUCAGACGAAGACCGAGCAAAGGAGAUUCUGAAGGGCUUUAAACUAAACUGGAUGAACCUGAGGGAUGCAGAGACGGGGAAAGUUCUCUGGCAAGGGACUGAAGAUCUCUCUGUUCCUGGUGUGGAACAUGAAGCUCGGGUUCCUAAAAAGAUCCUAAAAUGUAAAGCUGUCUCCAGAGAGCUUAAUUUCUCCUCAUCAGAAAAGCUGGAAAAGUUUCGUCUGGAGCAGAAGGUUCUCUUCAAAGGCCAGUGUCUGGAAGAGUGGUUCUUUGAAUUUGGCUUUGUGAUCCCCAAUUCUACAAACACAUGGCAGUCUUUGAUAGAGGCAGCACCCGAGUCACAGAUGAUGCCUGCGAAUGUGUUAACUGGAAAUGUUGUCAUAGAGACAAAAUUCUACGAUGACGACCUUCACGUCAGCACCUCUCGAGUACGGCUUUUCUACGUCUGAGAUGUGAAGCCUCCUUUUUUUUUUUUUCUCAAUAAUUGUCAUUCAGAAGGAUGCACAUUGAUGUGAGGAUUUUUUUUUUUAAUGACCAGACGAGACUCUGCGUAAUGAGUAUUUCCGUGGCACCUUGACAACAGCACUAAGGGGAACAAGUCAAGCAAACUAAAUUUCAGGUUACAGUCACACUGGUUUAAUGACCGAUAAAGACUUAAACAAGGGCAAGGAUGCUCAUCUCAACCUGACCAUGUAAAUUUUUAUUUGUACAUUUUUUUCCCCCCAUCCUUUUUAUUUUGUCCUGCAUUGUAUACUGCUUCCUUGCAUUCUGUUUUUAAAUAUUUGCCAGUUUGUGCUUGCUAAUUUCUUUUUAACUAACUUGUAAGAUAGGCAGUGUUUAAAUACAUAUAAUUAUGGGUUUAAUAUUUGAUAUCCUUGAGUGAUGCCUUUUCCUUUUGACUCGACUGUUUGAUUUCUUUUUAAUUAGGUGUAUUCCUAUAAGACUAUCCAUACCAGCUGUAUUAGCUCUUCCAUUUGGGGGGAGGAGAAGAGAUCUGUAAAUGACAAACCAGUGGUUUUGUUGAAACUACUGUGUAACCUGGCCUAUUUGAUUUCUUAUAUUAAAUCUUUCUUGCCCAAGAUGCUCAAAGGUUAUCCAUCAAAUUCUCCGUUUGUCUAUUUGACCUUUAUUAAAAGCAAUGAAAUGUUGUAUAUUUA